AUGAGCCUCACAACCAACGUUCACUUGACAACGCUUUCCAUGAUGGAUGCAGAGUGGGAAUAUAAUAAUAGCUUCAGUUAUAAUGCCACUUCAUUUCCAUAUGAAGAUAUUUCAUCUCAUAAAACCCCUGAUUACAAAAGUGAAGAGAAUCUUUUUUUUAAUUUAGAAACAUUUAUUAUUAUGUCCAUAUUGGUGAUCUGCAUUUUAGGUGCCGUGGGGAAUGGAAUCGUCAUCUGGCUUCUUGGCUUCUGCAUUAAGAGGAAUCCAUUCAUCACCUACAUCCUGAACUUGGCCAUCGCUGAUUUUGGACUUCUCGUGUCAUUGAUUAUUAUUGUUGUUGUUAAUGAGUCUUUUGGACAAAGUUAUCUUUCUAAUAUUAUUUUUGCUCUGUUCUUCUUUCUCUUCCUAUUAAUGUCCAGCGCUGGUCAGUUUCUCCUGACUGCUAUCAGCAUUGACAGGUGUGUGGCUGUCUUCUUCCCACUUUGGUAUCGAUGCCGUCGGCAACCACAUCUGUCUACCGUUGUAUGUGUCCUAAUAUGGGUCCUUUCCACCCUGCUUUCUUUCAUUACUAUCAUUAUCCAAAUAAUUAAUUUUCAUGGAAAUAUUAUUGUAAAAUAUUACCAAUUGAUUGUGAAUGCUGUGCUUUGCCUCCCCUUCAUGACUUCUGCUGCUGUCGCCCUGUUCAUUAAAGCUUGCUGUAAAUCACAACAUCAGAGGGGAAAGCUUUUGACCGUCAUCUUGCUCACUCUUCUCUUCUUCCUCUUCUUAGCUUUUCCAUUUAAUGUCCUAGCUAUCUUGAGUUUUUAUAAUUAUAUCCAUUUAUAUUUUGAAGUUUGUGCAUUGGCAUUAUCCUGUUUAAAUAGCAGCGCUAACCCUCUGAUUUAUUUCCUGGUUGGGAGAGAAAGGAAGGCUGGACAUAGGGAGAGCUUGAAGCUAAUUCUCCAGAGGGUUUUCAAGGAGGAGGAAGGCUGUGCUGAGGAACUGCAACCCCCAGCUGAAACCCAGUUAUGA